AUGACUGAACAAGAGUUUAUGGCACCUGAGUCCCCGCUUCCUGAAUACAUGAGUCUACUAGUCACUGGGCAAUCCAUUCCGGAGAAAGCGUCGUCGACGGAGCCCCCAAAGCGUCCGCCCCAUCCACACUCCACACGGCAUCCCGCCCCCCAAGAGACAUAUAGGAGGCAGUUGGAGGAGGGCCCAAAAGCGCGCUCCCUCCUGCGCGUGCUCACUCCCUAUGGUCCUCUCGCCCUUUCUUUGUGGCCGGCGGCGGCGCAGCGGUUUAAUGAACUUUUCACCAUGGGAAGAUUCAAGUUGUUGCUUAAGCAGCUUUCACUGCUUCUCUGGAAAAAUUACAUUAUAAAGAAGCGGAUGUGGAUAAUUACACUUCUAGAAAUCAUCCUGGAAUUGCUGUUUGCCAUUCUUCUUUUGAUGUAUCGCAAGUAUAUUCCUACAGAGCAUGUGGAUUCUGUCACAUACGAUAUUCAACAAAUUGAAACCCUACCUUCAUUUUUUCAAACUCCCACACCAUGGGAGCUGAUUUAUGUGCCAUCCAAUAGUGAUGUGGUGAAGAAUAUCACUAAAAGAGCACAGGAGACUUUAGGCAACAAUAUUAAAGUUCGAGGCUUUUCUUCAGAGAAGGCUUUUGAGGGUUACGUUAGGUAUCACAAUGAGUCAUCCAAUGUGCUGGCCGCCAUUGUUUUUGAACAUACUUUCCGCCACAAAUUGGAAUCCCUGCCACUUAAGGUUAGAUACCACCUGCGUUUCAGUUUCUCUCCAAGAAACACCUUGGUAACAGGGAGACUUUUUUUGAUGCCAGAGGAACCAGAAGGUUGGCGCACAGCCCUUCUGUUUCCACUUUACCCAUUACCAGGACCCCGGAAUCAUUUUGCCAGUGAUGGGGGAAAUCCUGGCUAUGUCUCUGAAGGGUUCCUAACCAUUCAGCGUGCUAUAGAUAAAGCCAUCAUUGAAUAUCAUGGAAAAGAUGGUGGAAAAUGGCUCAAUGAUCAUGUCACUGUCAAUGUAAAGAGGUUUCCAUUCCCACCGUUCGUUUCUGACAACUUCCUUAAGUUCCUGGACCAGGUGUUGCCCCUGAUAAUUCUACUAAUUUAUUCUUUAAAUGUACUCAUGAUCAUCCGAGUCAUUGUUCAAGAAAAGGAAAAGCAAUUGAAGGAAUACCUUCAAAUGAUGGGCCUCAGCAACUGGCUGCUCUGGAGUACCUAUUUCAUCACAUUCCUCUUUUCUUUUCUCAUUACCAUAUGUUUGUUGACAUUCUUUUUCUUCAUGCAGAUUUUUGAUCAACCAAUAAUUCACCACAGUGAUUCAUCAUUGGUGUUUAUCUUUCUGCUAUGUUUCGCCCUUUCUUCCAUGUUCUUUGGCUUCAUGAUCAGCACAUUCUUCAAUAAAGCUAAUAUGGCUGUUGCUACAGGAGGGUGCAUCUACUUCAUCACCUACCUCCCAUACUUAUUCAUUAGUUCUCGAUACAACCAGAUGAGUCUUGACCAAAAGCUGGCUGCCUGUCUACUCUCUAAUAUUGCCAUGACAAUGGGGAUCAAUAUGAUAGUCAGGUUUGAAAUUAAAGGAGUUGGAGUUCAUUGGGAACGCCUCACGGAUACAGUGAGCAUUGAUGAUGACUUAUGUUUGGGGCAUAUUCUGGGAAUGCUGCUGGUUGAUGCUUUCUGCUAUGGUUUAGCAGGCUGGUAUAUGGAAGUUGUCUUUCCAGGGGAGUAUGGUAUACCUCAACCAUGGUACUUCUUCUUAAAGCGCUCCUACUGGUAUGGGUACCCAAAACCGCUUUUUAGAAGUCAUAAAGACGCUGAAGAUAUCUCACGAAAUCAAUACAUGGAGGCUGAACCAGUAGGAUUGGUGGCAGGAGUACAGAUCAAAAAUCUAUCCAAGGUGUUUGUGAUAGGGAGACAUGUCAAAGAGGCAGUAAAAGACCUGACUCUGAACUUAUAUGAGGGCCAAAUCACUGUUCUGCUAGGACAUAAUGGAGCAGGGAAGACCACCACUUUGUCCAUGCUUACAGGUCUAUAUCCUCCUACAAGUGGACGGGCAUACAUCAAUGGCUUUGACAUCACAAGGAAUAUGAUUGACAUCCGAAAGAGUCUGGGUUUAUGCCCCCAGCAUGACCUUUUAUUUGAUUCCUUGACAGUAACUGAACAUCUUUAUUUCUUCGCUAUGCUGAAAGGAUUUCCUAAAAGGAAGUUAAAGAAUGAAAUUAAUUUCAUGUUGCAUAUUUUUAACCUGGAAGAUAAACGCAAUGAGUUUUCAUCUAAACUAAGUGGAGGGAUGAAGCGCAAACUAUCCAUCAGUAUUGCACUCAUAGGAGAUUCUAAGGUUGUGAUGCUAGAUGAACCUACAUCUGGUAUGGAUUUGAUCUCGCGAAGGGCUACCUGGGAUCUCCUUCAGAAGCAGAAAAGUAGACGCACCAUCCUACUGACCACCCACCAUAUGGAUGAGGCUGACCUGCUUGGUGACCGCAUUGCCAUUAUGGCCAAGGGAGGCCUGCAGUGCUGUGGCUCUUCACUUUUCCUCAAAAAAAAAUACGGUGCUGGAUACCGCUUGAUCAUGGUGAAGGAUCCUCAGUGUCAAAUAAAGAAAGUUUCCCAACUGAUUAAUCAGUUUGUACCAAAUGCCACUUUGGAGAGUAAUAUUGGAGCUGAGUUGUCAUUUAUCCUACCCAAAGAGGAUGCUCACAAGUUUGAAGCUUUGUUUACCGAACUAGAAAACAAACGGAAAUCUUUGGGUAUUGCUAGCUUUGGGACCUCUGUUACAACUAUGGAGGAAGUCUUCCUUAAGGUUGGUAAGAUGGUGGAUUCGAAGAUGGAUCUCCAAGCCAUUAAAGUGUCUGACUCAAAUAAAGAGUUCCUGAGACAGGCCAGUAGAAUGUCUUUAGAGGGAGAGGAUAUGGGUAUUUAUCUUCGUGAUCCUGAAAGUGAAGAAGAAGAAGAAAAUGAAUGUAAUACUGAUAAAAAUGAUGAGAAGCUACGUCGUCCACACCACUAUCUACCUGUCAGAUUCAAUACAGGGAUUUAUCUCUUCAGCCAGCAGUUCUAUGCCAUGUUAGUGAAGAGGGCUACCUUCAGCUGGCGUAAUUGGAAGUUAAUACUACUGCAAAUUAUGGUACUUCUGACAUUCACUGCUAUACUCCUCAGAGCCAUCACCUUCUAUUCAGAAAUUAAUGAUGACCCUCAAUUAGAUAUGAGUUUGCGACACUAUGGCAGAACCGUUGUCCCUUUUUCUAUUUCUGGGAGAACUGAACUGAGUCGACAACUCAGAGAACAUAUACAAACUUUGCUAAUGGAUGAGAGACAAGUGCCCCAGUUUGUGAAAGGUAGCCUGGAUGAGUUCCUCUUGAGUGAUAAGCUGUGCGAAGGUCAAUGCAUCAUUGCAAUUGAGAUUGACUCCCAUGAUGACAAGACAGAGAUCACUGCUCUUUUCAACAACCAGGCAUACCAUUCACCUGCAGCAGCCUUGGCAUUAGUGGACAACAUGCUACUAUUGUCACGUACUAAUACUCGGGCUUCCAUUAGCGUCUCCAAUAAGCCUCAGCCUCGAAGUGCCAUCAAAGCUGCAAGGGAAACAUACCAUAAGGGCAGUCGUGGACAAGAAAUUGCCUUCAGUUUGUUCUUUGGUAUGGCUGCCUUGGCCAGUAGUUUUUGUCUUCUAACAGUCACUGAGAGAAUCAUUAAGGCAAAGCACCUCCAAUUUGUGAGUGGUGUAGGAAUAAUUAAUUUCUGGUGCUCUGCCUUCUUGUGGGACCUCUUCGUCUUUUUCAUUCCUUGCCUCCUGCUACUGAUCGUGUUCAAAAUCUGUCAUAUGGAUGCUUUCAUUGAAGACUUUCACUUCAUAAACACAUUAAUUAUCUUCCUGUUAUAUGGCUGGUCCGUCAUCCCCCUCAUGUACCUGAUGAGCUUCUUAUUUUCUAAUAGUGCCACUGCCUAUGCCAAACUUGUUGUAUUCAACUUCUUUUCAGGCAUGAUCAGUUUCCUCUUUGUUUACAUGGCAAAAUCUAAAGUGGUAGUAAUGACGAAUUCCUCCAUUGAAUUACUGGAUAAUAUAUUUAUGGUAUUUCCCAAUCACAACCUGGGGAAGUCUAUCAGUGGAUUCUAUGAGAACUACAAAGCUCAGAAAUACUGUACCUCUGUUGCUUCCAAAGAUUGUGAAAGUAAAGGUAUUAUAUAUGAGAAGAAUUUUUAUUCAUUGAUGGGUAAUGGGAUUGGAAAAUAUAUUAUCGCAAUGGCUAUUUCAGGCCUUAUUUUCCUUUUACUGCUUUUCUUUAUUGAGAGCAAAUCCUGGAGAUUGAAAAACCUUUUGGAUCGCUUCAUGUUCUUUUACUGCUACAGAGGUUGGUAUUCGAGACAGCACCGUAAUAAAGGAAUAAUUGAGGAUAAAGAUGUGACAAAGGAGAGGAAGAAAGUUAGAGACUAUCCUGUAGAAGCAAUGGUAGCCCUGGAGAUUCCUCUGGUUGUUAGAGACCUCGUGAAGAUAUAUUAUCGGAAGGUUCCUGUCUUGGCUGUGAACAACAUUUCUCUAGCAAUCAUGAGAGGAGAAUGUUUUGGGCUACUUGGUUUCAAUGGAGCUGGGAAAUCCACCACAUUCAAAAUGUUGACUGGAGAUGAAACCAUAAGCAGUGGGAAUGCAUACUUCAGUGGCAUUAGCAUCAGCAGCCAAAUCAGGACGGUACAGCGACGAAUCAGUUACUGUCCUCAACUUGAUGCUCUGCUAGACUACAUGACAGGAAGGGAGUUGAUGUAUAUGUAUGCUCGAUUGUGGGGAAUUCCUGAAAAUCACAUCAAACAUUAUGUAAAAAACAUGCUGAAGGCAUUGCUCCUUGAAUCCAAUGCAGACAAGCUCAUAAGGAACCUAAGUGGUGGCAACAAGCGUAAGCUGAGCACUUGUAUUUCCCUAAUUGGAAGGCCGUCAGUCGUCUUCCUGGAUGAGCCUUCUACUGGCAUGGACCCUGUGGCUCGGCGCCUGCUCUGGGACACACUGGUGCGGACCCGUGAGUCCGGCAAGGCCGUUGUCAUAACCUCCCAUAGCAUGGAGGAAUGUGAGGCCUUAUGUACCAAACUUGCCAUCAUGGUGGCUGGGAAGCUGAAGUGUCUAGGGUGUCCACAGUACCUCAAGAACAAGUUUGGCUCUGGAUAUACUUUGGUGGCCAAGUUGAAGAAUGACUAUACAGAAGAUGAUAUGGAACUGUUCAAGAAGUUCAUCGCAACCACUUUUCCAGGCAGUAUACUGCAAUAUGAGCACCAAGGAAUAAUCCAUUACAACAUUCCCAGUGAAAACUUCAGCUGGGCAAAGGUUUUUGGUAUCUUGGAGAAAGAAAAAGAUAUUUAUAAAUUGGAAGACUAUACAAUCAGUCAAAUCACACUAGAACAAGUGUUCCUGAGUUUUGCUGAAAGUGAAAAGGCAGAGAAUGAAGAAGAUGAAUAGAGAGUUCUCC